CUUGUGUGUAUUUUUAUGUUUAAUAAAACCCAGGAAACAACUUGCAUAAAAAACCACAAAAAACACAAAUCCAGAUGCUCUUAAUAUGCAAAAAAACAAAAAAGCAGAACAGCUACAAGCAGUAGCACUGAAACUGUCGCCGUUGGGUUCAGUUUCUUUUCUGGGGCUUGUAUUAGUGAAUGAGAGGCACAGCUCAGUCGUUGAACUUCCUGUCAGCCGUGGAACAGAGCCGUACCAUUUCGUGGUUUGGCUUUGUCAUCUAAGUGUGCCGAGCGACAGUCCCCACCACGUGCACUCAGGGUUCAGCCACACGUGUGUGCAGAUCACCGAACUUGGCAUUAAUUGGACCUCCAGGGUGAAAUUUUCCCAGAUCAGGGGCGAUGGUGGACUAACUUGGUUUAGCCUUUGAACUCUCAGUCCACAGAAUCACCAGGAUCUUCUGCUAAAUAGGAAACUUGUUUGGAUCUUCAGCAGAGCAGCACAGUUAUUGACAUAUUGUGUUAUCUCUAUAAGGAGCUUGAUGACAGAAUCCAGACUCUCGGUGACCCUCCUGCUGGCCCAAACUUUCUCACGCCACUGGCUGUAACUCGCAGUACGGGAAUGGAUCAGAACAGAAUAUGGGAUGGAAUCAACAUGCUUAUGGUCUGGGUAACAUAAGGGCCCAUAUUACAUCGUGAGCUUCAGUAAUGCUGCAUUCCACUUGGAAGUCAGAGCUGGGAAUGAUGUCACACCCAAGAUAACCGUGUUCCAGUACAAGUCAGAAAGCCAUUUAGCAAUACCAAUUCUAUGAAGGUUCAUUGUCAGUCAGUGUUAUCAGCACCAGUUGGGAACGUAUUACUUGGUAUUUUGCACAUACAUAGACAGUAGUAACAUGUCCACAGAUGAAGGUUGGACAGUACUGUACGUACAAGCCGAUUUAAUGAGGCACAUCAAACAUAAGUGCUAAUAAACAAUAUAUUACCACAGCUAUCACUUCUUUUGAUGAAGGAUGCAGCCAUCAUGAAUUCUGAGGUUGAAGAUUGUAGAGGUUCCUCUGACUUUCCAAGUCAGAACUCCGACUUCAGGGUCAAUUCCAGUUGAAAUUUUCAAUUAGGAACUAGGAAAUUCUGACUUACCAGUUCAAAUGGAACGCACCGUUAAAUUUCUGCCCAUGUUGGAACUGCACACAGUCAUCACAGCAUUUUUGGCCCUCCUAUAAAUAUGCUGAUUGAUUUAUAAUUUCGGGCAUCCACAUUCUCACAUAGGCAUCGCCUUAGCUGUAUGAAAUUUUCCUCAUCGGGAUCCAUUGUAAGGAACCCAGAAAGGUGUAAAACCAGACACUUUCUAUCAUAAAAAGGAAUAUGCUGAGCAUGAUUGGCAAAUGCAGGGCAAUUAGUGCAAUAAGGGUGCAUUCUUCAUAGGAGACUGGGCAAUGUGUGCUCAAAUUCUCAUUUUCAAAGACCAAACCCUAGGAUUUCCUAGGCGGCCCCUCUGCUUCCAUUGGCUGGAGAGAGUCACAUGGGCAGGAUGGGGCACACCUCUGCUUAUAGCUGAGGUCCUCACUGUAAAUGAGAUUGUAGUGCAGUCAUAGUGGGGAGGCGUGUAGCAUUGGAAGACUCCGCAAUGGACAUGACAAACAUUUUCAAGCAUUUUUUUCGGAUUGGGAAGGUGAAGCGAAAACCCAGUGGGGGUGCGUCCUCCACUGCCGACCCUGACGUCAGCCCAGACAACGGUGAACGUUCCUUCCAGCUGAAUGCACCGGCGCUGGUCAAGUUCAACUACGCGGCCGAGCGUGAGGAUGAGCUGUCGCUGGUCAAGGGCACGCGGGUCAUGGUCAUGGAGAAGUGCAGCGACGGCUGGUGGCGCGGCAGUUAUGGGGGGCGCUGUGGCUGGUUCCCCUCCAACUACGUGACAGAGGACCUGGACUGCUCCCCGGAGGCGCCGUCUGUGUCGCUGACAGAGAAGCUGGCCAGCGCCCUCCAUAGCAGCUUCGAAGGUAGCGGCCGCACACUGGACAUUGUCCAGGCCCUCUACCCCUUCAGCUCCGGCAACGACGAGGAGCUCAGCUUUGAGAAGGGAGAGGUCAUGGACGUGCUGGAGAAGCCCGAGAACGACCCCGAGUGGUGGAAGUGCCGCAAGGCAGACGGCCGGGUCGGCCUCGUGCCCAAGAACUACGUGGUCGUGAGGCAGGACUCGCACGAUUCACCCGAGGCCGCAGGGCCACCACCGCCUGAUUGCGACUACAUCGAGCCCGCCGCCACGGGCAGCUUCGCCGGCCAGCCGUGGUACUACGGCAGAGUGACGCGGCAGCAGGCCGAGGUGGCCCUGAACGUCCGGGGUGGUGACGGCGACUUCCUCAUCAGGGACAGCGAAUCCUCACCCCAUGACUUCUCCAUCUCCCUGAAAGCCCAGAGCAAGAACAAGCACUUCAAAGUGCAGCUCAAGGAUGGCCUCUACUGCAUCGGCCAGCGCAAGUUCAGCUCCAUGGAGGAGCUGGUGGAACACUACAAGAGGGCGCCCAUUUUCACGAGCGAGCAGGGCGACAAACUGUAUCUGACGAAGGGGCUUUCUUCCUGACUGCAUGGGCACCGUCCUUCUCCCAGCUUCACUCGGGCUGAGAGUGGCGGGGCUCCUGUUUGCGAUGCCGACGGGCGUCACCGUAGACGGACUGGACUAGGCCCCUCAGUUUAAGCUUUUUUUGGGAUGUAUUAGCUCAGCUUAAACAGUGUCAAUAUUUCUUUUUUUAAAACUUUACUAUUUUUAUAAUAUUGUGGGCCAUCAAAAUGCAAUGUAUUGAAGUCUUCAGAAAGCUGUGCCAAGAAUCAUUUCUGAAUGUACUGUGGGGGGGUGGGGGUUCAGUAUUUUGUAGGAACCCAACAUCCCUCACAUGCUACUUUCUGUAAUGUAACUUGGCAAACCACACAUUCUCCUUAAGUGUACGUAGAUCUUUAAAAUCACAGUAAAACAGAUCAAUGGGGUCAUUCACUGACAGGAGAACAGGGAGUCAGAUUGUUUUUCUCUAAAUGUGACCUGCAGUACUGAUAUUUACAUGGUUCCCUCUGUGCCCAUAAACACUGCAUGAUACAGGCAGGUUCCCAGACCAGUUAAUUCUGUAAUAGUGACGCCUGACCCAGAGCCUGGCGUUGCGGUGUCAUCACUGGCUGUUUUUACGACACCAGAGGGUGUGUUUGGUUUGUGGGCUGUAAAUUGGGCAGAUUUUAAGUGUAAAUGUACCAUUAAAUGCCGUGUAUGAAUAUGAACACUUCUGAACUGCCCCAGGGAAUUCUCUAGUACUACUAAUCAGCCUAAACUAGAUCCUGGUGCAGGGCUGUGACUGAAAUUGACCUGGUGUUGUCCUCUGCUGUUCUUGUCAGUGUGUCUUUCGUUUGGUCUUCCUAGACGCUGUUUUGGGGGAUUGGGCUUUGUAGGUGUCACCGUUGGGGUACAUGCUCAUUUUUCCAGUUGCUAUUUUGUGUGGAAUUUCCUACUUUGGUUUGGGCUGUCUGGUGCCUUCUAAACCCUCCUGUCAUGUGGUAUAUUUUUGCAUCUUUAAUGUGCUGUGUACUGUGUGUGUUCUUCAAGGUUUGUCUCAGGAAUGUCCCCGAUCACGCAUUCACUGCUCGAGUUGAGGCUAAUCACUCUGAGCCUGCUUCCUCUGGAUGCUGGGUCCGUGCCGGUCCAUUAACGGCUGCUGCGUUAGUUCCUGUUUUCAGGGUGAGAUGUCCAGGAAGGUGUAAGGUUCUCAUGUAGUCUGUUUGGCUGUCAGAUUAUCUAAAACAUGACUAUGGGUGGUGUUUUUUAGAGAGAGGCUGUUUAACCUUGUACGACCCCAGAGCAUGUCCAACGUGAUCCUCUCAGACUCGUCUGAGAACUUUGUCACAAUGACAUCUGCUUGAGUUGGUCUUCAGUCAAUGCAAGAAAUGAGGGUCCAGUUAUUAUGCAGAAGGCCAGAGAGAUAAUUUAUAUUCCCAUACACUUUAUGAAAUGAAACCUCAAGUCCCUGGCGCGACAAGUUUUUGCUGAAGAAUAUUUGGAUGUAUGUAUAAAUGGAUACAUAAUCCCGAGGGAGACCGAUCCUGUCAUUGAUUCAUUCCUACCACGUGCCUUACUUGUGUCCGACUCCGCCAAAGGUUUUGUUUAUCACAUGCUUCUCUGUAACUCAUCUGUUUUCUACUUUUUGCAGUGUUGGUUGUAAAUCUGUGACAUGCCUGAUUGUGCGCUUUCUGAAACUUUCUCCUUGAAGGGCCACUGUUUUGGUUGAAUAACUAAGGUUUGGGAGAAAGCCAAUUUACUUGAUGAACAUUUUCACCUUAAAAGCUAAAGAAUAUAUUCAAACUCAAGUGACCUUAACAUACUGAAGUGUAAGUUAAUUGUGCUGUCAUGUGUGGCUAAUGAAUAAUUAUGUAGUUGGCUAAUAAGCUGUUUGCAAAUGCGUUGACUUUACAAUUCCUGAUGUUACUGCUGAGGACGAUACUGGUCCUUCUCACUCUGAGAUACAUCCUGUUUGGUUUCAUGUGUUCUGAGCCCUUCCCCAUAGAAUAUUCCUCAUGGUGUUUUUCCAGAGCCUGAAUGCUUGGUUUGUGCAGUUUAUAAGCCUUGGUCUCUUCGGGAUAGAUUUCCCUAGCGACUCUGGGGUUCCUUGGAGCAGAUAAAUGUGGUUUUACUGUGAAAACUCAAGGUUUUGUGAGUCUGGAGGGGGCAACAUGUGUAAUGUUAUAGAACUUAUUUGACUCCUGCAAUAAAUUUACAUCUUAAAUGA